GUUGGUCGUCAUCAUGAUGAGACUUACACUAGCGUCCAUCCUCCUGUUGUCGUGGUUUAUCUUCGCAGCUGCUUUGAUUGACCUUGACAGUACGGACCAGUACGGAUGUUCUCUUGACGUUAAUGUCUGCGAUUGGACUAUAGAGGGUCCAAUUUCCCAUGGAUCCGGGGCCGGGUGUGACCAUGGAUGGCCAAUUGAUGCACUCAAUGGAUCUACGGAUUCCGGCCAAUACAUAUGUUUCUUCUUGGAGGGCCUGCCUCCGGGCACCAACAAAGCUCGAUUCGUCAGUCCAACCAUCAACACAACCCGCCAUGUGGUCCUGAGCUUUGCUAUCGGCACUGUCAGGCCGCCAGACGCCAUCUACAUGAACAUCAUCAUGGCGGACGAACACGGCCCAGAAGAGCUCGUGUGUUCGACCUCUGACCUCCUGCUCCCAUGGCAACGCAUACAAGUAGGAAUAGGGAUGUCUGGACCUUACAAAAUCAUCAUUGAGGGGGUUCCAAAUCCUCCCUUCUACCCUAAUUUUGGUAUUGACGACUUGACACUCACAGUGGCUGACCCUGGUACUACUACCGCGGGUGCGCCAACAGCCAAAUGCUCCCUUCAGGUGACGACUCCCUCCAUGAGUACCGCUACGGAAGCCGUACAGGGCGGAACUAACGGUUCUACGGACAUCGUUCUCGUUCCCAUCGUGUUGGGUUCGGCGGGAGGCCUACUGAUAGUGGGGCUGGGCGCGUUCCUUCUGUGGAGGAAAUAUGUGAGAAAAGUGUCUCCGGAUCGCGGAGAACAAUCCACAAGUCCAUAG